UCCCUGUCCAGCACCAGUCAAACACGGCACCAAUGCCAGACGACUGUUCUCACCUGGGGAGGAUACAAUCCUCGUCCCUGCCUCAGUGUCACCCACACAGGGAAGAAGUGGGGAAUGGCCUCGGCUCAUGGCUGCACCACCAUGGCGACCACCAAAUCCGUGCUGAUAUCCUUAGUGCUGGCGUUGUUGCAACUCUCCGCGAUGGUGCGUUCCGAUUCUCCAUGCGACUUCCCGGCGAUAUUCAACUUCGGCGACUCCAACUCCGACACCGGCGGGCUGUCGGCUCUCUUCUCCGCGGUGCUGCCGCCCUACGGCCGCACCUUCUUCGGCAUGCCCGCCGGCCGGUACAGCGACGGCCGCCUCACCAUCGACUUCAUGGCUCAGAGCCUGGGACUGCGUUACCUCAGCGCGUACCUGGAUUCGAUCGGGAGCAACUUCACGCAGGGAGCCAACUUCGCGACGGCCGCCGCGACGAUCAGGCGGGACAACGGGAGCAUAUUCGUGCAAGGCUACAGCCCCAUUUCGCUGGUCGUGCAGACCUGGGAGUUCGAACAGUUCAUCAACAGAAGCAAGUUCGUCUACAGCAACAUAGGGGGGAUUUACCGGGAGAUCCUGCCGAAACCGGACUACUUCUCCAAGGCGCUGUACACCUUCGACAUGGGCCAAAACGACCUCACCGUGGGGUACCUCACCAACAUGACAACCGAACAGGUCGAGGCCUACGUCCCCGAUGUCAUGGAGAGGUUCGCCGAAGGCAUCCAGAGCGUGUACAGGCUUGGAGGGAGGUACUUCUGGGUGCACAACACGGCGCCGCUCGGCUGCCUGCCGUACGCCGUGGUGUUCCGCCCUGACCUCGCCGAGGAGAAGGACGGCGCCGGCUGCUCCGUGGCCUUGAACAGGGGCGCCCAGUUCUUCAACGCGCGGCUGAACGAGACCGUGGCCCGCCUCAGGGCGGCACUCCCCGACGCCGCCUUCACCUACGUCGACGUCUACUCCGCCAAGUACAAGCUCAUCAGCCAGGCCAAGAAGCUCGGUUUCGGGGACCCUCCUCUGCGGGCGUGCUGCGGGUACGGCGGCGGGGAGUAUAACCUCGACAGGGACAUCCGGUGCGGCGCGAGGGCCGAGGUGAACGGCACGUCGGUGCUGGUGGGGAAGUCGUGCGAGGACCCGUCCAGGAGCGUGAACUGGGACGGCAUCCACUUCACCGAGGCCGGGAACAAGUUCGUGUUUGAUCAGAUCGUCGACGGCGUUCUCUCUGACCCGCCCGUGCCGCUGAGGCGGGCGUGCCAGGGCAAAGGGCGAUGAUGAGCAACCUCGUUGUGUAUGCGUACUCGUGAGUUGUACUUGUAACGAGGAAAACCACACUGGUAAAGAAAAUGAGCAUAUAAAUUUAGUGAGCGUACAUAUGGCCACGACGGAACUGGGGUGCGUUUUGCACUUUACGAGUACCUUCACGGUGUGUGCCAAAUAGUGGUGAGCACAUAAAUCGUUUUUUAACAUUGUGAGCAGUUGCUAAAUCAGAAAAUUUUGAAA